CUGCUCGCUCCCACUCAGCCAGGCUUGUUGAGCACAGCGGAGCACAGCAGACCCCCUCUGGACAGCAUGGCACUCACACAGGACCCCAACUUCCUCAAGCUGCAGGAGUGGUACAAAGCCCACGCCCUGCAACUCAACAUGAGGCACAUGUUCGAGGCCGACAAGGAGAGAUUCAACAAGCUCAGCCUCACACUGAACACUAAGGAUGGAGACAUUCUUCUGGAUUACUCCAAGAAUCUGGUCACAGACGACGUCAUGAAGAUGCUGUUUGAUCUGGCCAAGUCCAGAGGAAUUGAUACCGCCAGAGAGAAGAUGUUCAAAGGAGAGAAGAUCAACUUCACUGAGGACCGGGCUGUGCUCCAUGUGGCUCUGAGGAACCGCUCCAAUACCCCCGUCAUGGUUGGUGGCAAGGACGUGAUGCUUGACAUCAACAAGGUCCUGGAGAAGAUGAAGGGCUUCUGCCACAGAGUCCGCAGCGGCGAAUGGAAGGGCUACACAGGAAAGGCCAUCACAGAUGUUGUUAAUGUCGGCAUUGGAGGAUCUGACCUUGGCCCCCUGAUGGUGACUGAGGCCCUGAAGCCUUACUCUAAGGAUGGACCGCGUGUGUGGUUUGUGUCCAACAUUGACGGAACGCACAUCGCCAAAACCCUGGCACACCUCAAUGCUGAGACCACCCUCUUCAUCAUCGCAUCCAAGACAUUUACCACCCAAGAGACCAUUACCAACGCUGAGUCGGCCAAAGAAUGGUUCCUGGAACACGCCAAAGAUAAAGCUGCUGUUGCCAAGCACUUUGUGGCCCUGUCUACAAACGCUCCCAAAGUGAAGGAUUUCGGCAUCGACACAGAGAACAUGUUUGAGUUCUGGGAUUGGGUUGGUGGUCGUUUCUCCUUGUGGUCUGCGAUUGGCAUGGCCAUUGCCCUGCACAUUGGCUUCGACAACUUUGAGAAGCUUCUUUCAGGAGCUCACUGGAUGGACAACCACUUCCGCACCGCUCCUCUGGAUAAGAACGCGCCUGUCCUGCUGGCUAUGCUGGGCAUCUGGUACAUCAACUUCUUCCAUGCUGAGUCGCACGCCAUGCUGCCCUACGAUCAGUACAUGCACCGCUUCACUGCCUACUUCCAACAGGGAGACAUGGAGUCCAAUGGAAAAUAUAUCACUAACAAGGGAGCACGUGUCAACUACCACACUGGGCCAAUAGUGUGGGGCGAGCCAGGAACCAAUGGGCAGCAUGCGUUCUACCAACUCAUCCACCAAGGAACACGUAUGGUGCCCUCUGACUUCCUGAUCCCUGCUCAGUCCCAGCAUCCCAUCAGAGACAACCUGCACCACAAGAUCUUGCUGGGCAACUUCUUGGCCCAGACCGAGGCCCUGAUGAAGGGUAAGACCACAGAGGAGGCCAAGAAAGAGCUGGAGGCCAGCGGCGUGAGUGGAGCCGAUCUGGAUAAGAUCCUGCCUCAUAAAGUCUUCCAGGGAAACAGACCAACCACCUCAAUCAUCUUCAAGAAAGUGACACCUUACACACUUGGAGCACUUAUAGCGAUGUAUGAACACAAGAUCUUCGUCCAGGGUCUAAUGUGGGAGAUCAACAGUUUUGACCAGUGGGGAGUGGAACUGGGCAAACAGCUCGCAAAGAAGAUCGAGCCCGAGCUCAAGGACAAGGCAGAGGUCCACUCCCACGACUCCUCCACCAACGGACUCAUCAACUUCCUCAAGAAGAACUUUUCCUGAGCUGAGUCACAGUCUCCCCCCCAUGACGUCCACGUAACUCCACAACAUUAACCAGCCUCAUGAGCUGCAUGAGCUGCAUGAACAGGAGACUCACAGAGGCAGCCGGUCACUCCCACACAGGGGAGCUGCAGCCUCGUUAUUGAUAUCGUGACUGUCUCCAGUGAUGUUUUUUUCUAUGUUUGUUACAGUAGUUUAUCACUAUGAGGGAAACGCUUUUUGUAUUAGAGUGUCGUGGAUGGACGUACGAUAUAUGCCUCUCCACUGUCAUAAGAAAUUAAGUUUCUGAAAUAAAUAUCGUCACACAAUA